AUGCUUCCUCUCUUCCCGCGGGCGAUUGUGUGUGGUAAAUGGCCAGAGGAGCUAGCGGUGACAACGCGGAGGCUGCACCGCACUGGGGCUCAGCCCGGCAGACCGCUGUCCCAGCCAGGCAACACGGCGACGGAAAAACGGAAGAAGGCGAGGGGGAGACCGUCGCCUGCAGAGCGCGCAGUGGGGACAAGGCACCCCGGCUCGGGCAAGCCUGCCGGCGCGGAGGCGAGGAAUCGCCAGGCACCCAGCCCCAGUGCCCUGGAACGCGGGGACGCCCGGGCCUCUGCCUUGUCCGAUGUGGUGCCAGGAAACCGCCACCCUCCCGGCCAAGGGGUCUCCGGGAGGAGAGGUGUAGUGUGUGAAGGCGCCAGACAGGGGGCGGCGGCCGAGGAGCUCCGGCUGCCCAGCACCUCACACGCACUGACCGAGACUCAGCCUAAUCAAGUCCUGCACUGGUCCAGACACAACAACGUAGUUAUACUUAUCCUGACGAAGCUGUACGACUUCAACCUGGGGAGCGUGACUGAGAGCUCACUCUGGAGAUCAACAGACUAUGGCACCACCUAUGAAAAGCUGAAUGACAAAGUAGGUUUGAAGACUGUCCUCAGUUAUCUCUACGUCAAUCCCACCAACAAAAGGAAGAUCAUGCUUCUUAGUGAUCCUGAAAUGGAGAGCAGCUUACUGAUCAGCUCAGAUGAGGGGGCCACCUAUCAGAAGUACCGGCUCACCUUCUACAUCCAGAGUCUGCUCUUCCAUCCCAAGCAGGAAGACUGGGUGCUGGCCUACAGUCUGGAUCAAAAGCUGUACAGCUCCAUGGACUUUGGAAGACGGUGGCAACUCGUGCAUGAACGCAUCACACCCAACAGGUUUUACUGGUCGGUGGCCGGAUUGGAUAAGGAGGCGGACCUGGUGCACAUGGAGGUGCGGACUGCAGAUGGAUAUGCUCACUACCUCACCUGCAGGAUCCAGGAAUGUGCUGAGACCACUCGGAGUGGGCCUUUUGUCCGCUCCAUUGACAUCAGUUCCCUGGUUGUUCAGGAUGAAUAUAUCUUCAUUCAGGUAACAACUGGUGGAAGAGCCAGCUACUACGUGUCCUAUCGAAGAGAGGCCUUCGCCCAGAUAAAGCUGCCCAAGUACUCACUGCCCAAGGACAUGCACAUCAUCAGUACCGAUGAGAACCAAGUGUUUGCAGCCGUCCAAGAAUGGAACCAGAAUGACACGUACAACCUCUACAUCUCAGACACGCGUGGCAUCUACUUCACCCUGGCCAUGGAGAACAUUAAGAGUAGCCGAGGUCUAAUGGGAAACAUUAUUAUUGAAUUGUAUGAGGUAGCAGGUAUCAAAGGGAUAUUCUUGGCAAACAAGAAGGUGGAUGAGCAAGUGAAGACAUACAUCACAUACAACAAGGGCAGAGAUUGGCGCCUACUUCAAGCUCCAGAUGUGGACCUGAAAGGAAGUCCAGUACACUGCCUGCUGCCCUUCUGCUCCUUACACCUGCACUUGGAGAUCUCUGAAAAUCCGUAUUCCUCAGGAAGAAUCUCCAGUAAGGAGACAGCCCCGGGGAUUGUGGUGGCUACAGGCAACAUUGGCCCGGAGCUCUCAUAUACUGAUAUUGGUGUGUUCAUCUCUUCUGAUGGGGGCAACACAUGGCGACAGAUCUUUGAUGAAGAGUACAAUGUCUGGUUCCUAGACUGGGGUGGCGCCCUCGUGGCCAUGAAACACACACCUCUGCCAGUCAGGCAUUUGUGGGUGAGUUUUGACGAGGGCCACUCCUGGGACAAGUAUGGUUUCACUUCGGUUCCUCUCUUUGUUGACGGGGCUCUGGUGGAGGCGGGAGUGGAGACCCAAAUCAUGACAGUUUUCGGCCACUUCAGCCUCCGUUCUGAAUGGCAGUUGGUGAAAGUGGACUACAAAUCUAUCUUCAGCCGACGCUGCACCAAGGAAGACUAUCAGACCUGGCACCUGCUCAAUCAGGGGGAGCCUUGCGUCAUGGGAGAAAGAAAAAUAUUCAAGAAACGCAAGCCAGGAGCUCAGUGUGCCCUGGGUCGAGAUUCCUCAGGGACAGUGGUUUCAGAGCCCUGUGUCUGUGCUGACUGGGACUUUGAAUGUGACUAUGGCUAUGAGAGACACGGAGAGAGCCAGUGUGUCCCAGCUUUCUGGUACAACCCAGCAUCCCCAUCAAAGGACUGCAGCCUUGGUCAAAGCUACCUUAACAGCACUGGGUACCGGAGAAUUGUAUCUAACAACUGCACGGACGGGCUGAGGGAGAAGUACACGGCCAAGGCCCAGAUGUGUCCCGGAAAAGCCCCUCGAGGCCUGCAUGUGGUGACAACCGACGGGCGCCUAGUAGCAGAGCAGGGGCAUAAUGCGACUUUCAUCAUUCUCAUGGAGGAGGGUGAUCUCCAAAGGACAAACAUCCAGCUUGACUUUGGGGAUGGGAUUGCAGUGUCCUAUGCUAACUUCAGCCCCAUCGAGGAUGGCAUCAAGCACGUGUACAAGAGUGCGGGCAUCUUCCAGGUGACGGCCUAUGCAGAGAACAACCUGGGCUCAGACACAGCUGUCCUCUUCCUGCACGUGGUUUGUCCCGUGGAGCAUGUUCAUCUCCGAGUUCCAUUUGUUGCUAUAAGAAAUAAGGAGGUCAACAUCAGUGCAGUUGUGUGGCCCAGUCAACUGGGGACCCUCACCUAUUUCUGGUGGUUUGGCAAUAGCACAAAGCCCCUCAUCACCCUGGAUAGCAGCAUUUCCUUCACCUUCCUGGCAGAGGGAACCAACAGCAUCACUGUCCAGGUGGCUGCUGGAAAUGCCCUUAUUCAGGACACAAAAGAUAUCGCUGUUCAUGAAUACUUCCAGUCCCAACUGUUGUCCUUCUCUCCAAACCUGGAUUACCACAACCCUGACAUUCCUGAGUGGAGGCAAGAUAUUGGCAAUGUCAUCAAGAGAGCUCUGGUUAAAGUAACCGGUGUCCCGGAAGACCAGAUCCUAGUUGCCGUGUUCCCUGGUCUCCCCACUUCGGCAGAGCUCUUCAUCCUUCCCCCCAAGAACUUGACGGAGAGGAGGAAAGGCAAUGAAGAGGACCUGGAACAAAUUGUAGAGAUGCUGUUUAAUGCUCUAAACCAAAACUUGGUUCAGUUUGAGCUGAAGCCAGGGGUUCAAGUCAUUGUGUAUGUCACGCAACUGACAUUAGCUCCAUUGGUGGACUCCAGUGCCGGGCACAGCAGCUCAGCCAUGCUUAUGCUCUUGUCAGUGGUGUUUGUCGGCCUGGCUGUAUUUUUGAUCUACAAGUUUAAAAGGAAAAUCCCCUGGAUUAACAUCUAUGCUCAAGUCCAACACGACAAGGAGCAGGAGAUGAUUGGGUCAGUGAGCCAAAGUGAAAACGCCCCCAAAAUCACACUCAGUGACUUCACCGAGCCUGAGGAACUGCUGGACAAAGAGCUGGACACCCGGGUCAUAGGAGGCAUUGCCACCAUUGCAAACAGCGAAAGCACAAAGGAGAUCCCCAACUGCACUAGUGUUUAA